UGCGAAGUAUUUGUUAAUAUAUUAAUGUUUUAAUUGUUCUUAUCCAAUUUUUUUUGUUAUUUUAUUUGCAGUCGAAAUCAGCACAAAGACGAUAUCUGAUAAGAAACAUUCUUCACCUACCCCAACCUUCAAAAGGCGAAAAAAAUUUAAUCCUGCAUCGAAUAUUCAAACUGAAAAUCAAUACCUAUUUCCUGCUAUUUGAAUUUGAUUGAUUUCUACUUACAAUAUAUUGAUAUUUUGCUGUCUCCUUAAAUCCAGAUCAGAAUAAUUUUUAGUAGGCCAAUUUUUUGAUGAAAACAUAUAACCGAAACCGAUUUAACCUCUACAAGUUUGCCGCGUAAAAUUUAGCGGUUUUAUUAGUAUGACUUCUAUUUCUGCAAUUUACAGAUCUGUUAGAAUUGUUGACCUCCUCAGUAGUAAUCUCUUUGCUAGUCAAAUUAAACAGUUUAGUAUUAAUAAAAAGUUCCUUUCUUGUGAUACAAUGAGUUCCUGCGUCCUAAAAUUCUCAAAAAUUUUACCUGAGGCUAACAAUCCGGUAAAAGGGUCCACAAAGGCAGCAGGAUACGACCUGAAAAGUGCCGUAGAAUGUGUUGUUCCUCCACGCGGAAAAGCCCUAGUAGACACCGGUCUUGUAAUAGAACUUCCUGAAGGAUGCUAUGGAAGAGUAGCUCCUAGAUCUGGGUUAGCAGUUAAAAGUUUUAUUGAUGUCGGAGCUGGUGUUAUUGAUGAAGAUUACCGAGGACCUCUCAAAGUUGUCUUGUUCAAUCAUGGGGAAGAACCAUUUACAGUAAAUGUUGGUGAUCGAAUAGCUCAACUUAUUUGUGAAAGAAUUUACUACCCAGAGCUACAAGAAGUUGAACAUAAGGAACUGGUGAAGACUGUAAGAGGUGAUCAAGGUUUUGGUUCAACUGGUAUAAAUUAAAACCAAUUUUUUUUUUUUUAUUUUUAUAUCCCCAUUUUGUGUUGAUUUUACUCUGCCGUUUUUGUUAUUAUGAAUUACUAAA